UCUCCACACCUUCAGGGAGGUUCCCCGGUUCCGGGUUCUGGUUUGUGGGGGCGACGGGACGGUCGGCUGGGUUCUGGGAGUCCUGGAGGCAGUGAGGCACAAACUGGUGUGUCGGGAGCCGCCGAUCGGCAUCGUCCCGCUGGGAACAGGUAACGACUUGGCUCGGAUCCUGCGUUGGGGUCCCGGCUAUAGCAGCGAGGAUCCUCAACACAUCCUGGUGUCUGUGGAUGAGGCCGACGAGGUUCUGAUGGACCGCUGGACCAUCCUGCUGGACGCUCAGGACUUCUCCGAGGACGGGAAGGACAACGGUUUCCUGGAGCCACCAAAGGUCUGUUUGUACAAACCUGUAGUUACACUAAAGGAACAGAGUCUGGUUCAGACAUGUCGCUCUAAGUUUAGAUGGUUGGAGUUUUUUAAUUCAGCUUGA